AUGGAUGAUAGCGAGCGGCCAAGGAAACUACAGAAGACCGCCCAUGAUAUGACAAGCCCCGCGACUGAGGGGCUGAUCUCUACAACGACUUCCAUUUCUACCCCCGAUGGCAACGCAGCUGAGAACCAUGGCGCGACCGAAAGCAACGGCCAUCUAAAUAUUACGCUUAAAUCCAUACCCGAGACAGACGAAAAUGGCCAGCCGUUAUCAAAAAACCAAAGAAAGAAACUUCUAAAACGAGAACGAUGGGCAGCCGGAAAGGAAUGGCGCAAGGAAAAACGCAAAGAGAAGAUCGUAGCGAAGAAGGAGCGCCAGCGCGCUGCGAAAGCCCAAACAGCUGCACAAGACGGAGUCGAUCCAGAUGAUAUGACUCUGCUAUCGAGAUCAGAGCGGAAGAAAGUCGAGCAGCAACGGUCCGUCCUCCUCCCGAUAGCGUUUGUGAUCGAUUGCGACUUUGACGACCUCAUGGUUGAGAAAGAGCGCAUAUCACUGGGUUCCCAGAUAACGCGGUCGUACUCUGACAAUGCAAAAGCGCAGUUCAGAGCUCACAUGUUCAUUUCGUCCUUUAAUAAACGACUGAAGGAGAGAUUCGAUACUGUGCUUUCGAAACAAUAUAUGCGGUGGAAGGGGGCUACUUUUAUGGAGGAAGAUUAUGUGGUCGCGGCUGAACAGGCCAGGGAGCGGAUGCGCAGGCCCACGGGCGGCAAAAUGGUGGGGAUGUUUGCUGGCAAAGACGCCGUCAGCCCCGAUGAUGGGGAGGUCAUUUACCUCAGCAGCGACAGCCCGAAUACUUUGACGGAGUUGAAGCCAUAUAGCACAUAUAUCAUUGGUGGGUUAGUUGACAAGAACCGGCACAAGGGAGUCUGUUACAAGAGCGCGAUGGGGAAGGGGAUCAAGACGGCGAAGCUCCCCAUUGGCGACUACAUGCAGAUGCAGAGCCGUUAUGUGCUAGCUACGAACCACGUUAUUGAAAUUAUGAUUAGAUGGCUUGAGCUGGGCGAUUGGGGGACGGCAUUUUGUUUGGUUUUGCCGAAAAGGAAGGGUGGUGUUCUUAAGGACAAUCCAGGCGAGAGAUAUGAUCAGGAAGAUGAUCAGGGAGCUGAAGCUGAUGAAGGUGAUGCGCCAGCGUCUGAAGUUAAGGUUCAGGAAGCUGUUUACACCGCCCAUACAAUGCAAUACCUUUGCGGCAUGAACCACUCCGGGACAAGUUAA